GAAAUAGAAUCCUCUCUCAUACAAGAUCGCUUCAUCUUUCUCUCUUCUUCUUCCCCGCACGGUGGGUGGUUUUCAUUCUCCUUUCUAUUCUUGGUGGUGGUGGUGGUGGUAUAAGAAGUGAGCAAACUGUUUUCAUAAUUAGAUAGUGGAUAUUAUACUAAUGAAAAAACCAUGAAGUUGAAAUUGAGGCAUGUAGUAUUGGGUUUGCUCUCUGUUACAGUCAUUGCUCCCAUUUUUCUUUACACUGAAAGGGUCGGAACUUUCGUCAAUCCUUCUUCUUCAAGACGCGAUUUUCUUGAUGAUGUUGGAGCUUUUAUGUUGUCUGGUGAUAAUACCAGACAUCUCAAUGUUUUUCAGCACCAGGAAACUUUCACCCUGAAAGAACCCAUUGGAGUUGUAUAUUCUGACCAAUCUACCGGUUCCUUUCCUAAAGUGACGACGGAGCAUAAGUCGACACGGGUGCUUUCUGCUACCGAUGAAGGACGGCAACAGCAAUUGUCUAACCCCAUUAGGCAGGUCGUCGAUGGUGCACCUCCCAAUCUUACCACCGCCAUCGAUUCCCAUCUCAAUGCCUCUAACAUAUCAGCUGUAAAGCUUGAGCAGCAACCAACUCAACCGGCUCCCAGGAUUGAUCAGACAGAGAUUUCGGAUAACAAGAAUGACAGACAGUCUGAACCAGCAGAUGCUCAGGUGCGCCGCCUCAAAGAUCAGCUCAUCCGUGCAAAAGUAUAUCUCUCCCUUCCAUCGAUAAAAAACAACCCACAUGUUACAAGGGAGCUUCGACUGCGGGUUAAGGAAGUUACACGAUCUCUUGGUGAUGCAACUAAGGACACAGAUCUGCCAAAAAGUGCCAUUGAUAAGAUGAAAGCAAUGGAUCAAUCAUUAGAAAAGGCGAAGCAGGUUCAAGAUGAUUGCACUCCUGUGGUAAAGAAGCUGCGAGCUAUGCUUCAGUCAUCUGAAGAGCAACUUCGAGUGCACAAAAAGCAGACCAUGUUCUUGACACAGUUAACUGCAAAAACUCUUCCCAAGGGUCUUCAUUGCCUGCCCUUGCGCCUUACUACCGAGUAUUAUAGCUUGAAUUCUUCUCAACAAAACUUUCCGAAUCAGCAGAAAUUAGAAGACCCUCGUCUCUACCAUUAUGCUCUUUUCUCUGAUAAUAUAAUGGCAGCGGCAGUUGUUGUAAACUCAACUGUUUCCCAUGCUAAGCACCCUUCGAAUCAUGUUUUCCACAUUGUUACGGAUAGGCUUAAUUAUGCAGCGAUGAGAAUGUGGUUUCUAGGUAAUCCACCAGGGAAAGCCACUAUUCAGGUCCAGAACAUUGAAGAAUUUACGUGGUUAAACUCAAGCUACAGUCCAGUUCUUAAGCAGUUAGGUUCUCCCUCCAUGAUUGAUUAUUACUUCAGGGCACAUCGGGCUAAUUCUGAUAAAAAUCUGAAGUUUCGGAACCCAAAAUACUUGUCCAUCCUAAACCAUCUUCGGUUUUAUCUACCGGAGAUCUUCCCAAAAUUAAAUAAAGUGUUGUUCCUAGAUGAUGAUAUAGUGGUCCAGAAGGACCUUUCUGGCCUUUGGUCCCUUGAUUUAAAGGGCAGUGUCAAUGGUGCUGUUGAAACAUGCGGAGAAAGCUUCCAUCGGUUUGAUUGGUAUCUCAACUUCUCAAAUCCCCUAAUCUCAAAGAACUUCGACCCGCAUGCUUGUGGAUGGGCAUAUGGAAUGAAUAUUUUUGAUUUGAAUGAAUGGAGGCGGCAAAACAUCACCGAGGUGUAUCAUCGAUGGCAGAGGCUGAAUCGCGACCGGCAACUGUGGAAGCUGGGGACCCUGCCUCCUGGUCUCAUAACAUUUUGGAAACGCACAUAUUCCCUGGACAAAUCUUGGCAUGCGCUCGGGCUUGGCUACAAUCCUAAUGUAAACCAGAGGGAGAUCGAAGAAGCUGCCGUUAUACACUACAAUGGCAACUCGAAACCAUGGUUGGAGAUCGCCAUACCUAAGUAUAAAAACCGUUGGACAAAGUACGUAGAUUACGACAUCACGUAUAUGCGAGAGUGCAACAUCAACCCAUAGAAAAAAAACCUUCACGGGGUACAUCAAAGCGUUAUGGUGAGCUAUGUUAACCAUUCAUCUUGAUUGUCACUUCAUAGGUUUAUUUUGUUCAAAGGAAUCAGGUCGAAUUUGUGCUUGUAUACAUUGUCCUUUUUGUUUUCGAUUUUUUGGUUCUUACCGCGAUGCGUGGAAGCUGUGUUUAUGCAAUGUUUUAGGUAUUUAAUCGAAAAUUCGGGUGUAUUUUGUAUAUCAUUUAACUGGCAAUCCUUU